AUGCCAUACGUUACGUUUACGCGUUUGGCGACUCCUACACUUUUGUUCAAGGUACUCAAGGCCAUGCGAAUUUCAGGCGAUGCCCUGGACCCCUCCUUCACGCGGGAGCAGCUGCUCUCCAAUGAAAUCAUAGCGAAGAACGCAAGUAUCGGGUUUCUCUCUAUUAUCUUAACUGAAUUUACUUCUCCACAGACUAGCUCCGACGGCUCAAACUGGAUUGAAUUCCUGACCGGGUGCUUCCAAGGGCGUCCCUCUGAGUGUUCCACCCAGCUUUGGGAUUUCGCUUUCGCAGGUGCAGACAUUGACGGAAGUCUCCUUCCACUCCAUCACGACUUCACCGUUCCCCUCACGGACCAAGUGAAGCAAUGGCUCAACUUCGCAUCCAAAGUCCUCCCCAGACCACCAGCAGAGACUCUGACUGCCUGGUGGAUCGGGAUCAACGACACGGGAGAUACCCUCAACAACGCUACCAUAACUGACUUUACCGCUUUCUGGAGAACAGAAAUCGAGUCGCUUUUCCGCUCCGUAAACCAAGCAUACGAAGGUGGUCUUUCGGGGGCCCAUCUUUUCAUCAAUGUACCUCCAGAGGGACGAUCGCCUGCUCACGUAGGCAGUUCGACUGGCGUGGCACUCAAAGGGCACAUUGACCUGUUCAACGAGGUUCUUAGCGAACACGUUGAUAGAUUCGCUGCUACGCACCCCUCUGCCUCGAUUCUUCGCUUCGACGCCAACGCGUGGUUCAACGAGGUGUUAGAUCACCACGAGGAAUACGGCUUCAAAAACGUUACUGGGUAUGGUAAUACUUUUAUCUCUGAAGGGACCAACUAUGAACAGAAUGAUUAUGACAGGUUCUGCCAUUGUCCAGAAUCUGGAUAUUUCUGGUACGACUCCGGCCAUCCUACAGAACGAGUCCACGAGCUUCUUGCUGACGCAAUAAAACGGCACCUCCAAGAGGAAUCCAGCAAGUAG